AUGACCAAGCUCGCUGUAGUCGGCGCUGCUCUGUCGCUGGCCGCCAUAACCCGCGCUCUGGUGCUACCCGAGGCAGCCGUCAAUCAGGCACCGCUGGGCGGACCUCGUGGUCCAGACGAGGUCUCAGACUUGCACAAUGUGAUAUUCGGGUCCCACCACCUGGACAGCGACGACGAGGGACGCAGCGCGGCCGAGGGCUUCUUCAACGCCGUAUCAAGCAUCCGCGGGCACAUCCACGAGGACUUUAGCCAGGCCGUGGCCGAUCUCGUCGGGCUUGGCUACACGGGAGACCACUUCGGCAGACCCGCCGGCCACGGCCACCACGACGAUAGCAGCUUGACGAUAUACGAGCUAAUCUCCAAGAGCAAGUACACCACCAAGUUCGCCAAGCUAGUCGACGACCAUCCUAGCGUGGUGGAGCUGCUAAACAGCACCAACGGCAACAGCAACUACACCCUCUUUGUGCCGCUGGAUAAGGCUUUUGAGGACAUCCCGGACGACCACAAGAAGCCUAGCAAGAAGGUGGUUGAAGACGCGCUGCGCUACCACAUCGGACUGGGCGAAUAUCCUGCGAGGAGGAUUCUGCACACCUACACGCUGCCAACCGCCCAUGAUGAAGACUUGCUGGGUGGUGAACCUCAGCGUCUUCGCACCUCUGUGAGCCUUGGCGGCGUAAAGGUCAAUUUCUACAGCAAGGUGGUUGCUGCUGACAUAGUUGCCAAGAAUGGUGUUAUCCAUGCUGUGAACCAUAUCCUCGUUCCGCCCCCUUAUAUCGGCCGAAUCAUCACUCUGUUCCCUGAUCGUUUCUCGACCCUGCUGCUAGCGUAUGAGAAAACCGAUUUUGUCAAGUUCAUUCACGGCGUCAACUUGAAGGGGAGCACCGUUUUCGUCCCCACCAACGGAGCCUUUAAUUGGCUAGGCCCCAAGGCAAACGCCUUCCUCUUCAACACUAACAAGGGUCGCAAGUAUCUCAAGGCCAUUCUCAAGUACAACAUCGUGCCUAACGCUACACUUUACACCGAUGCAUUCUACGAUAAGAGAGACAGCGAAGACGGAGAAUCCGAAAUUGAAAAACGGUCGCACGAGCAUUUUGAUCUGCCAACUCUACUUGGUGACGCGCACAUCAGCGUUGAUAUCGCUCGCGUUUUUGGUUUCGCUUCAAUCAAGGUGAAUGGCUUUUCUCGGGUGGUUGUGCCCAACGGCGUGGGCAAGAAUGGUGUUAUCCAGGUUGUCAACCGAGUCCCUCUCCCCCCACACAAAGGCCAUCGCCACCACCAUUCAGAGGAAUGGGGUGAAAUCGAAGUCAAUGACUUGAUCAAAAGACUUGAGCCCUAUAUUUGAUCUGAUGCACAACCGCAACUAUGCCCCAUCCGCCAAUUGGAUAACUGCCUGGAGCAGAACACGAACUGUGGUAAGACUGAAUGAAACGCCGUGAUGUACUCCUGAUUGAACAACUCUUGAUCAUGACCGUGAAAGGUAACUGGAAAAAAAAAUAUUUGAAACGCUACAUGCGA